AUGAAAACGUGGGUGAAACCAAUCUGUUGUCACAACUUCAUAAUGACCUUACUAACAAACUGGAUGUCAGCCCCAACAGCAUUUCUUCUCUUAUAUUUUUGGGGAGCAAAGGUACAUGCUUCUGGAAACCUGGAGGAUGAAGUAGAUUACACCUAUGUUAUUAUAGGAGUCACUCUGGGAGCAGUUCUAGCAAUCGGUUUUGUAGCAGUAAUAAUCUGCAUGAUCAAAGCCAAAAUGAUUGACAGUGUCUUUGAAGAGUCAGGUGGCAAAAUGGAUAGAAGGUCAAACACGGAAUCGAGCCAAAACAGAUGACAGCAGUGCAUUAAGAAACCAAAGUACAAGGGAUCAAUAACCCUUUUGCAAUCAACAGCUACCUGGUGUGAGGAUCAAUAGAAGUCUCUUAUGCACUGGCAGGAAUCUUACCAAUACCAAUGCUUUUCUUUGUUCUUUAGUUGAAAUGCUGAUUGAUUGUUUACAGGAAGAGCUUAUAGUGCAGCUAACUUCAAUCACCUGCACCCAGAAGGUCUGCAAUCCCCCUCAGCAUGUAUAUGAAGGAAAUGUAUGAGGAAAAUAAAAUAGAUGAGCUCUGUUCUCUAAUAGAUCCUCUUUAUUCUAUGAUAAGUAUAUGAUUGAUUUCUGAAGUCAGUUAAAUACCAGGUAAUCAGAAAGAUGGCAAUAUAAUUCAGCAACAAAAUUCAUGGUCACACCUAUAUUUCAAGAUAAGUAAAUAAUGAUUUCAGCAACUUGGAAAUUAAUUUGAGGUUAAAAUAAAACAAGAUAUCUCAUUUAUUUCAAGAAAUACAUGUUUCGUGUUAGUGAGAAAACAUGUAAUUAACUUAAAGUUUUCACAAAGCAGGUCAUUUGUCAAAUGUGCAAAGGAAACUGGAUAGUAAUUUUCCCACGCAUAUUGAACAACAAAGUGUAAAAUUUAUUUUGACAGAAGAGUGGUAUAUUGGAAUACUUUCCCUGGUUUCCUAAGUGUCUGUUAACCAUGUCAGCAGCACUGCAGUUCAUUAGCAGCAUUUGCUAACAGAUAAACUAAAGCAGUAAUGUGAUACUUGUAAGUAAUUGUGUGUACAUGA